AAUUACAGAGCGCUAUCGACCCGUGUGGCGAAGCGAAGCAGAACAUACCGAUACCGCUUUCUGUGGCCUUCUCACAUUUUCCGGCGCUCGAAUUGAGGCGCCAAAGUGAGGGGCGAAAGACGGGAUCAGCUGAAUCAGCUGGCGGAGGAAGUGCGCGAAGUCAUUCCCUGAAAGCGCCGGGAUGCACCCGGACCGAAAUGAUUGAAGUGCUUCGCGUCCGCGGAAAUCUCGAAUACCGCCCUAACUUUGAGCAGACGAACGUGGUCCCAAAUUGUGCCCGAAAACCGUGGAUGCUGAUGGUGGCCGGAGGGAGUUCGCGCGAGGAUGAUAAGCUGAAAUCGAACACUCGGCGUAACCUUUGAACCGUGAUUUUUCCCGGCGAAUGAUGUAAUCAAACGGGCCCUCCGCGUGCGCCUGACCGAGUUUCCGUGACGGAGCUCGAGAAGGAUGGAAAAACUCGUUCUUUUAAGAAAUGUGUGAGUUUCUUGCAGUGAUGUCACAGAAUCUCGGCACCCCGGAUCCCAACUUCGAUCCGGAACUGCUCUUCGAUCCGGAGCUGCUCUCGGAUCUUGCGCUCAGACCUGCGGAAGGCUUGGAAAUUCGACCCCUCAGGAGAGACGACUAUAGAAAAGGUUUCCCUGAGCUUCUCUCGCAAUUGACGACGGUGGGCGAUUACGACGAAGAAGCAUUCAGAGCCAGAUUCGACGCGAUGCGGAGCUGCAAACAUCACUAUUUUGUCACAGUUAUCGAAGACAAACGAGUUGCAAAAAUCAUCGCCGCGUCCACCCUGGCAGUCGAGUUGAAGUUCAUUCGAAACUGCGCUUUGCGUGGACGCCUGGAAGACGUUGUGGUGAAUCAAACAUACAGAGGGAAAAAUCUCGGCCGGAUAAUCGUUCAGAGUAUCGUUCACUUAGCCCGUCGAGUCGGCUGUUACAAGUUAUCGCUGGACUGCAAGGAUGAUCUCAUAAAAUUUUACGAAUCCUCGGGCUUCAAGUGCGAGGCGGGGAAUGCCAACACCAUGAUCAUCAGACUCUGAAUACAGUCCACCAGAGAGCCAUUCGAUCCUCUGAGUCGAAUUUUAUCGAAGUUCGCCGAGAGCGAUGAGUCUCACGCCUCCUAUCACAUGCGCCCAAGCUGUUCAAAUCGCGAUAUUCUGCCCGACAAUUUAUGAGGAGGAUGCGGGACCUUUGCUGAAUAUUUUGUGAUUUUUUUCGUCAAUAAACAGAGCUGCUUCCGGU